AUGGUUAAUAUUCCCGAGUGUUUAUAUAGUCUCCAGCAGCAGACCUCAGGCCUUUCAGCACUGGGCUAGUUCCAGCACCAUGGCUGACUUCUUGCAGAUGACCCUAGCCUUCAGGAAAUACCUGAUCAUAGUGUUCGUACCCCUUCUGUUUCUUCCUCUGCCUCUGGCUGUUCCUACCAAGGAGGCCCGAUGUGGUUAUGUUAUCAUAGUGAUGGCAUUGUUUUGGUGCACGGAAGCCUUACCGUUGGCUGUCACAGCUCUAUUUCCUGUCCUGCUGUUCCCACUAAUGAAUAUCAUGGAUUCAACAACAGUCUGCCGGGAGUACCUGAAGGACACCAAUAUGCUUUUCAUUGGGGGACUGGUGAUGGCUGUUGCUAUUGAGAAUUGGCACCUACACAAGCGUGUUGCUCUGCGGGUCUUGCUUAUCACUGGUGUCAGACCAGCCCUACUCCUCAUGGGUUUCAUGAUUGUGACUGCCUUCCUGUCCAUGUGGAUCAGCAAUACCGCCACCACUGCCAUGAUGGUCCCAAUAGCACAAGCGGUGUUGGAACAGUUGCACAAGUCUGAAAAGGAGUCUAGCACAGGUGGCCAAGCUUCUGAAAGCAUUAACAAAGCCUUUGAACUGCAGGAAGAGGCAACUAAACCAGAGAGCUACAAAGAAAAAGAGGAAAAAGGUAAUAGCCAUGUCCUGACAAUUGAGGAAGACAGAAAGAGAAAUGAAGAUCUGAUAGAGGAGAAACACAAGAAAUUCUGCAAGGGAAUGUCUCUCUGUAUUUGUUACUCAGCCAGUAUUGGAGGGAUUGCAACUCUGACUGGGACAACACCAAAUCUGGUACUGCAAGGACAAGUUGAUGAGCUCUUUCCUGACAAUGGCAAUAUCAUCAACUUUGCUUCUUGGUUCUCCUUUGCCUUCCCCACCAUGAUCGUGUUACUGGUUUUGACGUGGAUUUGGCUGCAGAUAUUGUACUUGGGCUUUAAUUUUCGGAAGAAUUUUGGUUGUGCUGCAAAUGCUUCUGCAAAGGCUAAGGAGCAGCAGGCCUACAGCAUUAUCAAGGAAGAAAGCAAGAAAUUGGGCCCAAUGAAAUUUGCAGAAAUAGCAGUUUUGACCCUCUUCAUACUACUGGUGCUGCUCUGGUUUACAAGAGACCCUGGUUUCAUACCAGGUUGGGCAACAGUUCUUUUCAACAAAAAUGAUACAAGCUAUGUCACCGAUGCUACAGUUGCCAUCUUCAUUUCAGUUUUGUUGUUCAUCAUCCCUUCUGACAUUUCUAACAAUGCCAGAGACAAACAACCAAGAGGCAACAAGUCAAAGAUCCAAGCACCUCCAGCUCUCUUGGACUGGAAAGUAGUUCACCAGAAAAUGCCAUGGAACAUCGUGUUUCUGCUGGGAGGUGGCUUUGCCUUAGCCAAAGGGAGUGAGGAAUCUGGUCUGUCUGCAUGGUUAGGUAGCAAACUGACUCCUCUGCAGCAGAUCCCUCACCCAGCUAUUGCUCUCCUGUUGUGUCUCCUUAUUGCCACUUUCACUGAGUGCACCAGCAAUGUGGCCACCACUACCCUCUUUCUCCCUAUUCUGGCUUCAUUGGCUGAAGCAAUCUGCCUCAAUCCACUCUAUGUCAUGCUGCCCUGUACACUUUCUGCAUCAUUGGCGUUCAUGCUCCCAGUGGCCACUCCUCCCAAUGCCAUUGUCUUCUCAUAUGGACAACUCAAAGUUAUAGAUAUGGCCAAAGCUGGGUGUGUACUCAACAUCCUAGGAGUUCUGACAAUAACUCUAGCCAUCAACACCUGGGCUUCAUCUUUGUUCCAACUGCAAACUUUUCCAUCUUGGGCAAAUAGGACAGGUACCUGCCCGUAG